CUCAAUAGACUUCUACUUGAGUGUACGUAUGAGGGAAAAAUACAACUUGAACGAGGAACUUGAAUGGGUUGAUGAUAUACCUGAAUGCCCUGUAUAUCGUCCAUCAAUGGAGGAGUUCCAAGAUCCCUUGGCUUAUCUGCAAACCAUUGCUCAAGAAGCUUCCAAAUAUGGAAUUUGCAAGAUUGUAUCCCCAUGGAAGGCUUCUGUUCCAGCCGCUCAUGUACUGACGAAGGAGAUAAAAGGCUUCAAAUUUAAAAGUUACAUUCAACCUCUGCGGCUCCAUGAAUGGAAUAGGAAUGACAAGGCAUCUUUCGACAUGGCACAAACCAACCAUAACUUCAGAAGUUUUGAGAAGUUGGCGAACAAGGAAUUUGCUAAAAGAUUUCCUCAUUCUACCAAUCUCUCUCCUGUUGAUAUGGAAAAGGAAUACUGGCAUGAAAUGGGUCGUGGGAAUAACAAAGUCGAGUAUGCUGUCAAUAUUGAUGGCAGUGCCUUUUCUUCUGAUCCCAAUGACCAGCUUGGCCAAAGCAAGGGCAAUUUGAAGACUCUGCCAAAGCUGCCCAAUUCCACUUUGCGGUUACUUUCCUAUUCUAUACCGGGAGUAACAGAACCCAUGCUUUACAUUGGAAUGAUUUUUAGUACAUUUGCAUGGCAUGUUGAAGAUCACUAUUUGUACAGCAUUAACUAUCAUCACUCUGGUGCACCCAAAAGUUGGUAUAGUGUCCCCAGUAGUUCGGCUCCUGAGUUUCACAAGGUAGUCAUGGACUGUGUCUAUGCUCCCGAGGUCUUACUGGGUGGUGGAGAGGACGGGGCUUCUGCACUGCUGGCUGAGAAAACAACAAUGUUUCCUCCAAACAUUUUGCGGGAAAAUGGUGUGCCUGUUUACAAGGCCGUGCAGAUGGCAGGAGACUAUGUUAUCACCUUUCCUAGAGCACACCAUGCUGGAUUUAGUCAAGGCUUCAGUAUCGGUGAGGCAGUGAACUUCGCGGAUGGUGGCUGGUUUCCAUGGGGAACAAUGGCUGGGGAGGAAUAUGCACGUCUUAGCAAGCAGGUGAUCCUUUCCAAUGAGGAACUCCUGUGCAAAGAAGCAAUUAGUUUGUUCAACUCUUCAAAUGAUGAGAGUUCAGAUCAUCCAUCUACGGAGUUGGCCUGUCAGUCUUCUACCAAGAUGUACUUUAUAAAGCACAUCGAAAAUCUUUACAACAAUCUUCGGCAUCUCUGCAAUUUAGAAGCAGCAUUCAGUUAUUCAGAAAAUGAUCUACAAAGUAUCAUCUGUCCACACUGCACACGAGGUUGCUACUUGACUUUCUUUGAAUGUGAUAGCUGCCCCAAUUAUGGCUGUCUAUUCCAUGAGUUUAAUUCACGUAACUGCACACGGCCAUCAUGUCUUGGGAGAAUGGUGAUUAACCUACGACAGGACAUAUGGGAAGUGGUAGCUGCAUAUGAAAAGCUUCGGAAGGGAAGUUCAGAGCAAGACGUUCAACAGGUUGAUCAACUACCAAAUCUAUCCUCUUGCAUUAAAGAGGGAUUGGCUCGAUCCGACAAGGUCGACAGCCGUGGAAUGAAACCUAAGAGAGCGGAUUUUGAAACGAUCGUACCGUUUCCUAAGGACUGCAAGAAACCCAGAACGAAAGGCAGAUUGCAGAGGACUGAUCCAGAACUUAGGUGGGGUUCAUCCAUCAAGUAACAUGUUCCAUAAUCCUGUUCAUAAUUCCCAAACAAUUAAUAAAGAU